UAAAGUAGCGGACAACGGGGACAUGCGUUGCCACUUUCUCCACCCACCAUUGCCGCUCGGCCCACAUAAACACGGCCCUGCAACUUCUCUCCUCCUCACCCAAAGUUCACUCUCUCCUUGUCGCUCCAGGAAACCUAAUAUCUCGCUCUGGACGGAGGAUAUCAGAUUUCAGGAAAGUCAACAGCUGGGAGAAUCUCAGGGAAACUGCAGAGAAAGUUAUCAAACGCACCUCAACUGAGUCUAGUCACAACAUGACAGAUGAAUCCUCCUCUCAUCCAAACACCCUAGUUGACCAUUGGGUGGCUCCGGGUGAUGUAGUUCUUGACCUAACCAACAUGGCGAACCAAACCCUUAAACUUGGUGGUGGACUUCGUCAGGAAUGUGAUGCUAUUAUUGUCACAAAAGCUGGGAGGUUCAAGUUCUCAAAACCCAAUAAAUAUUGGGUUGAAAGUUCCCAAAAGAGGUAUGUACCAUGUGUUGAAGACACAGUUCUUGGUAUUGUGGUUGACUCUAAGGCAGAUAACUUCUUGGUAGACAUAAAAGGACCAACCUUGGGAUUUCUACCUGUACUGGCAUUUGAAGGUGGAACUAGGAGAAAUGUACCAAAAUUUGAGAUUGGUACCGUACUUUAUCUCCGGGUGGUUAAAGCAAAUACCGGCAUGAACCCUGAGCUCUCCUGCACUGAUGCCACUGGAAAAGCCUCAGAAUUUGGACCCAUAAAAGAUGGUUACAUGUUUGAAUCUUCUACUGGUCUAGCACGCUUGCUACUGAGCCGGCCAACAUGCCCAGUUCUUGAUGCUCUUGGGAAGAAGCUAUCAUUUGAGAUAGCUGUUGGGUUAAAUGGCCGUGUUUGGGUGAAUGCAUCUUCACCAUCCACAGUAAUUUUGGUAGCAAAUGCAAUAAUGAGUGCAGAGUUUUUGAGUGGAGCCCAGCAAAGGAUCCUUGUAGAGAAGCUUCUACAGAGAGUUCAGUGAGCCAUGCCUGAGACUCCGAGAUGGUGCUUUUUAGGGUUUGAUCAACACCCUAGGAGUUGUGGCUUAUAACAAUGAAUUUUGUGCUGAUAUUUUAGCUAAGAGAUGCUAGGUUUUCAGUUUCUAUAUGGAAAAAGAGAAGCUCAGAAGGGUUUCUUUCUACUUCAUAGAAAGGGUUUGAUUUCAAGGAAUUUCCCUUCAGUACACAGUACUCAGUCCUAUAAAACUGAGCCAAGCUUCAUCUGAUCUGAGAUGAAUUUGAAUCGAAUUCUUGUCAA